CUUGUCCUACUAAUAAUCCCUCGCUAUUAUUAAUAGACAGGGACCCGUCCUUUGUCUUGUCAACAGCCAACACAGUCUUUCCUCUCACUUGAACUACAAAUGGAACCGGAACUGGCCGAGGACUCCGUCGCCGUCAUCGAAGUCGACGCCUCCGAAGACGACGCCGGAAGCGGCAAAGAUGAGGCGGCCAAAGGCGGAAAGGGUAAGAAGGGAAAGAGCAAAGUGAGGGGGCCUUGGUCUCCGGAAGAAGACAAGGUGCUGAGUCGGCUGGUGAGUAAGUUCGGGGCCAGGAAUUGGAGCUUGAUCGCCCGCGGAAUUUCCGGACGGUCCGGCAAGUCUUGCCGGCUCCGGUGGUGUAACCAGCUCGACCCCAUCCUUAAGCGCAAGCCCUUUUCUGAGGAGGAAGAUCAGAUGAUAAUUGCAGCCCACACAAUCCAUGGAAACAAAUGGGCUGCAAUCGCAAGGCUUUUACCAGGAAGAACAGAUAAUGCCAUAAAAAACCACUGGAACUCCACCCUACGUCGCCGGGAUCCAGACAGAAUGAAAUCAGAAUCAGGUAAUAUGGUUGAAGAUGUUAGCUUGGACAAAACAAUAGCAUCUUCUGAAGAAACACUCUCAAAUGGUGAUGUCAAUUCAUCUAAAUCUACGGAAGGAAAAGAAGUCAGUUCUCUAGAGUAUACAGAUGAUCAACAUGAAGACAAGGUGUCAACAGAUGGUCUGUAUGGUAAUGAAGCCAGAGAACCUUGUACUCUUUUUAGGCCAGUGGCACGUGUAAGUGCUUUUAGUGUAUAUAACCAUUUAGGUGGCCAGGAUCCUUCAUCAUCAUUGCAAAGGCCAAUUCCAGUUCAAGGACCUCUGGUUCAAGUAGCAAAACUAGAUGUUGGCAUUUGUAAAUUGGUCGAAGGAAUUUAUGGUGAGUGGUCGGUGCCUGAUCAGUGUGGUCAUGGCUGCUGUUGCACACAGAAUGGCAGGAAUACUGAAAACUCUUUGUUGGGGCCAGAUUUUGUGGAAUUCUCUGAGCCUCCCUGUUUUCCGAGUUUUGAAUUGGCUGCAAUUGCCACAGAUAUAAGUAACCUUGCUUGGCUUAAAAGUGGUUUGGAGAAUAGUAGUGCAAGGGUAACAGGUGAUGCAGCUGGUAGUAUACCCUCUCAUGCGUCUCAAGGGCAACUGGGGCAUUUUGAGGAGAGUCGAAUGAAUCAUCUUUUUCAUCAUGAAGAGAGAAAGGAUAGGUUAAUGAGCAUGAAGACUAAUGUGCUGUCAACCUAAGACUGGUACACAAAAUGAUUUCCUACAGUCUGAACUUGGGAACUCAGGCUGAGGUUCUCUCUUAAUUGAGUUUUACUGUUAACCAAGAAGUUCAGAUACUUGCUUCCCUGUCCGAAACUUGUUACUGCUCAGAGUCCAUUAUAAGGGAAGGCCUCUACUUUUUCUAUAGACACUUCUCACUAACCUUUGGUCUGGGUUCCUGAAUGUUGCACUCAUAAUAGCUGAUCCCUAAAUAAUAGACUACCUUCAUGCAGAGGCUGGAGGCAGAAUUCUGAUACAGAAGUAUGAUGCGCUGCUGGAAAUUCACAGCUUGACAUUUUAUAGUGAGAAAUGAAACUUUUUAAUUUGGGUAUAGUUCUCCUUGAUUCGAGAAAGAUAUAGUUUCACUUGUAGCUCAGUAGCUGCUGCAAGCUUCAGAAAUCUGUUUCAUUGUUCCAUUGUUUCUAUUUGUUGUGUAACCAUAUAAAUCUUGUUGGUCUAUAUUCAAAGUAGCUAUAUUACUUCGCA